CGCUGCUCGCUUCUGAUCCAAAUACACACGACGCCUCCAUGUUGGAAAGAGUAUAGAGGGGGGAUACAAUUAUUUUUUGAAAAUGAAGAGAGUUCAAGAAACGGGAUUAUCGGAACUGUUUCAUUUUUCGUAUUGAAACUUGACCGAGGCGAGCGAGUUUUUUUUUUUUUUCAAUCGUCGUUUCUUCAUUGUUUUCAGUCAAAACGUCAAUUUUUAUUUAUUUAUUUUUAUUAUGUUGAAUUGAACACUGAUCAGUUUAAGGCUAGCUCUAGUUGCUAAGCCAGACGUUAGCAACGUUUUCUUGUUCUUCUUCUUUUUGAGUUCAACGUUGGGAGUUUGUUUUGCCCAUAUUGUUCUUAAAUGUUGCUUACUAAAUUGGAAUAUUCCCAGCGAUUGACAAGUGGUUGUAUUUUGUCUUUAAACCACUAGCUAGUUUACAUUUUGCCCCCUCCUGUGUCCCGUCUCAGUCCAGCUAGUUUAGGGCCCGGCUGCCAUUUCAACACAGCUAGCAAGGCAGCUAACGUUACCCAUUGUGGACUAGGACAAGCAAGUAAAAUAAACAUUUUAAAACGAACCAACAAAAAAACAACAACAAAGGAAUAACCAUCCGUCGCAAUGGAUCACACGUCUAUAAUAACCCAGGUUUCCAACCCCAAAGAAGAGGAGAUUAUCUCGUUUAAUCAGGAAAAAGUCUCCCAGUCCAACAGCAGUGUGAAGAAGCAGAGGAGUCCAGGCAUCUUCAGUACGUUCUUCUGUUGCUUUAGGAACUACAAUGUGGAGCCUCCUGCCUCCAACAACACAACCACCUCCCUGCCUCCAGCACCAGAGGAGAAUGGGACACAACCAAAGUUUGACCAGGUCGAGGUUAUUCCUAUCCCUAGUCCUCCAGCCAAAUUCCUCCUACCAGAGAUGAACAUAUCAGACUAUGGGAAGAAGUGUGUAGUGAUCGACUUGGAUGAGACAUUGGUACACAGCUCAUUCAAGCCCAUUAGCAAUGCUGACUUCAUAGUCCCCGUGGAGAUAGAUGGCACAGUUCAUCAGGUGUACGUACUGAAGAGACCUCAUGUGGAUGAGUUCCUGCAGAAGAUGGGAGAGCUGUUUGAAUGUGUUCUCUUCACGGCUAGUCUUGCAAAGUAUGCUGACCCUGUGGCGGAUCUUCUGGACCAAUGGGGUGUGUUCCGAGCCCGUCUGUUCCGGGAGUCAUGUGUGUUUCACCGGGGGAACUAUGUUAAGGACCUAAGCAGGCUGGGUAGAGAGCUCAGUAACGUCAUCAUCCUGGACAACUCUCCUGCCUCCUACAUCUUCCACCCCGAGAACGCUGUGCCGGUCCAGUCGUGGUUUGAUGAUCUAAGCGACACAGAGCUACAGGACCUGCUGCCCUUCUUCGAGGGCCUGAGCAGAGAGGAAGAGGUGUAUGGUGUGUUGCAGAACCUCCGGGGCAGGUAGCACCAGGGUAACGCCAUCUUCCUCCUUUCUCUCUUUCUUUCUUUCUCUCUCUCUUUCUCUCUCUCUCUCUCUCUCUCUCUCUCUCUCUCUCUCUCUUCUCUUUCUCUCUCACUCUGCCUCUUUAGUGACACACCAUCGCUCAGGCUUAGACAGAUUUCCCGGCCUCCGGCCCCUAGGGGCAACCUGGAGUCACACUGUGGAUUGUAGUGUGUAACCCAACACCAGACACCCCAAACAGUGCACCUCUCUCCGCUAUGGUAUCCUCUCCUAGAGGCUGGGGUCUCACUGUAGUCAGAGUGGAGAAUACUCCAACUCCCAUGGAGCACAGUGGCGGAACCAGGAAGCUCGACUGUGACAUCAUCGGUUAGAAGAUUUGUAUGGAGCGGCAGAAUGCGUUUUUGAUUUGAGGGAAUGGACGCAAAGGAAGAAACUCUAGUCUUUUGUUGUGACACCGACUAACAGGCAGAGUUGUUACUUUUAACCAAAAAUCUAUAUUUUGUGUGGAAAUGUGUUUUUUGUUGUUGUGAAGAUAACCGAUAAAUUCAGUCUGAGUAUUAGGUCCUUGUAUUGUUGCUAUGCAUCAGGCAGUGUCUGGUAGUUUGAAAGGACUGUGAUUUACUGUUUUCCUUUUCUUACCGAAUGAAGUGCCUUGUUUGAAUGUGGUUAUGAGGAGAUAUUUUGUACAUGGCAUAUUUUCAGAAUACUUCUUCAGUCUUUUUAUUGAAUUCUGUCUAUACUUUAAAAUGGAGACCGCUAUGAUUCUUUAUAACAAACCACUGUUAAGUUUAGGAGGUUGUCAUACCUUGUAUUGGUUACAUGUUAUAUUCUCUUCUUUUUGACACCCUAUAAGCGUUUUAUUUUCUCUUUAUCUUGCUGUCUUCACUAUACCUUAGAAUAGUGUAUUAUGGUUAAUUUGUUUUAAGAAGCAAAGGAAUAUGUAACUUUCUACAUAGCAAUUAUUAGGCUGAAUUUUGGGAAAAACAUCCUGAACCAUAGUUGAAUUUGUGCCAACAUUUCUCAAUGUAUUUCUUUUAUUCCUUUUUGCCAAAAAGUGAUUUCAAUUGUUAAAAUCUAAGUAGGGGUUUAGCUCAAUCUAUUUUAAGGAGUUUUGCCAGUUAACGAAUACCAUUCAGUUAUGUUUUGAAGUGAAUGAAUCCUACUUUGUUAGCAAUCCAGUUAAUUAUUUUAGUCUGCUGGUUUUUAACUAGCAUGCAAGUCAUUUUAUUUCUGCACAUGGAUAUAAGUCUAGCAACAAAUAAAAAAUAUCCUUCGGGAGGCGGUAACCCAUACAAAUCCCCCCCCGCC